UUUCAGAAUAUGUAUCGUAUAAAUAAAAGUUACGAUGAGUCGUCGAGUGAUGAUGAAGGCCCAUGCUUACGCAAGGAACAGAAAUUGGAAUGUGCCAAUGACGCGGUGAAAGACCGUAAAGCUGGGAGCAAAGCCGCACAAAUGUGGACUGAUUUAUUAGCUGAGCAAAGUCUUGCUGAGACUUUUUCGGAUAAAGUUGGAGUAUAUCGAGGCGAGAAUGACAUGGUGGAACGUGGUGUUGAAAGUUACAUUCUUCCUGAUGUGCGUUCCACCAAUGAUGAACAAGAAAUGAGAUACCAGAAUCAUGAAAUCUCACCAGAUGCAAAUGAUAGUGGGCCAUUUGAUUUUAUUGCUGAUGAAGAAAAAGUCCAGAAGCUUUCAAACAAGUGCGGAAGACGUUCACGUAGGUGUGGUGAUGGAUCAAGAAUUCGGGACAGGCAGGGGCCAAUGAAUUUCACUAAUCAGGAAAGAAACACCAAAGAAUUAUGGGGACAUUCUGCUUCCAUAUCACGAAGCACCUCACGAAGUGAUGGGAAACUGCGACGAAAUAACUACGAUCCAAAUAAGAGGAACGGUGGUCGAAUCGUCAAGAACGUCGCGAGAAUAAAUAAUUCUUUGAAGCGUCGAAGAGGUGACCGGAAUUCAAGUUCACUGGCGAGUGGUGGUUAUUCUUUGGAGACACUGUUGACAGCUGAAUUCCCACAAAAUAUUGACAUUGCCGAACUGGCUGAGCGUAUUGUAAGAGCAUUAGGCGAACGGAAUGAAAAAUUUUUGCGGAGUGUAAUACUCGAAAUAGGAGAGGAAAAAGCACUAGAAUUGUUUAAAGCAACGCGCGAAAUAGAAGCAUCUGGUGGUAUGAUGAUUGCUGACGGUACACGUCGACGCACUCCCGGUGGUGUUUUCAUGACUCUGUUCAAAACAGAUCCAGAUAUCUUGCCUGUGCUGAAGGAGAAAGUAUGCAAUCUGCAAAAAACUGCAGCUCGAGAAAUAAGAACUGCAAAACGGAGAGGAAAAAGAGAAGCGGCAAAGGUUGAAGUGCUAGAAAAAUUGUCGACAGCAUCAGAAGUAUUACUUGAAAAACAGUCGAUGAAAGAAAAUCCUCUCUGAUAUGAUGAGUGGUAUCUAAAAUCUACACUUUCUUUUUCACUGAGAACAAUUGCCAUCGUAUUACUUUGUUUUAUGUAUAGUUUUAACUGUUUCAUUGUUUGUCGUUUUAUUCACUGCCACUUUUUUUGGCUUAAUACGAGUAUUAAAAUAUGUGUUUCUUGAUAGAAACUGUAGAGC